AUGGAUGCGUGUGACCGAACAACAAAAUCCAACUACUUCCGUGGAACCAGUAGUACAAACCCUAAUCAGGAUUCAGAGUCUUCUCGCGUUAGAGGUCGGUCCAAGAAUAAACGUCCCAUUUACGUGGAAAAGAGAAGCCGCAAGAAACGUAAAGUAGUUCGUGCUUUAGAGGUUGAACCGAUUCAAAUGACUCCACCGGAGUGGCUUUUCAACGUGAUGAGGAGAGAAGAGAACGGCUACGAUCCCAAGCUCAUCUCAACUAGGAAACUGUUUCAGACUGAUAUCAACAAAGAUCAAGCACGCCUCUCAGUCCCUUUUAGACAAGUGAAAACUCCAGACUUUUUGACAGAGCAGGAGACAAUAUUCAUACAUGAAUAUGCGAUGAAGACUCGUGUAGAAGGUGUGAGUGUGGAUUUGGUGGAUCCUAACAUGAAGAAGCAUGCCCUUGACUUGAGGAAGUGGAAGAUGAAUGGAAACUGGAUUUAUACCUUCUGUAAAGGUUGGAACAAUGUACUUGAUGCUAAUAGGUCCUUUAAGGUAGAUGACGUCUAUCCUCUCUGGUCCUUCCGAUCUGGAAAAGGAAAACUCUGUUUUGCUCUCGUCCCUUCUCAGGCGACAAGUUCCAGCCACGUCGGCUGCUCCACUUCAAGAGAAUCUGGCCGUGGAAACACUCUUACCGGCGGUGAUGGCGCUUCAACCUCUGGUGAAUCUGGUCAUGUACCAUUACUGGUUAAUCCUCCUUCGCAUCCGGCAAAAGAUUCUACCCACUCCAUCCAAGGCUGUUCAGGAGGGAGCAGCUCGAAUUCUUCCUAA